AUGUUGCCAGCUUUUGACAACCGGCGGUCUGAGUUGCGGAACAAACUGGCCCCAAUAAAAUGGACAACUAACUGGUCGCUCGGUCGGUUCACAAUAAGACCCCAUCACCAACACGGUCUCCAAGGUGUUGACACUAUUGUAUCAUUUUACAUCGUUCUUGAGCAGGUUGAUCGUAUUAGUAUAAUGCAAAUGAAACACAACGCAUCCUCCGGCCUCCACAAGACUUCAUUUGAUGUGCCGUAUGAGAACUUCGUUGGUGCAGUCCUCGACGGCCGGUAUCGUAUUGAACGGUUCGUCCGGGCAAAAGGGCAUGCGGAAUAUUUUAUUCUGAACUCUAUGGAGGAUGAGAGCUUAAAACUACACGCUGAAAGCUAUGACUUGAAAGGGAUAUGCCGCGAAGUACGCCAGUCAAGGCAACGUCACAUUCGGCGACGAGCUGUAACAGCUGACGAACGAAUUUACCAGAAUGGAAAGUUAUUUCUGAUAUUUUCGAAAACAACAUGUGGCAUACAAAAGUUUCCCGGCGUGGUAGCCAGACACAGCCUAGAGAGCAUUUCCAAAUCAGAUUCGUCUUCUACCGCGAUAUCUUGCGCACCUUGUCAGCCACUAGGUGAGGGAAUACUGUUAAAGCUGGAAGCGGUGGUUAUGACAACCAAUAUUGUCAUUUCAGGCCUGCUCAACAACCCGAGUGGUGUUGAUGGCAAAAUCUCAGCUAUCUCGCGACUACGAGAAGAUAAGUUGCGGGAGGCGAGAUGGGAUCUACACGAGGCGUUACAGACGGCUGGCACUUUGUCAAAUUACGACACAUCUGCAUGCUACAUCAUGCCAGAGUUUCGGGCCUGGGAUGCCGAAGACUAUUCAUAUCGCGGAAUCUUGAAUACAAAGGUCAGCACCAGUUCCUGCUGCAAGCUGAUGGAAGGAAAUUGUGGAUAUUGCAGUGCUGGUUUGAUGGGACGGGCGGCAAUCGAACGGCGCCGAGAAAAUCUCUGGAAGGACAUUUUGGUUUCAUUAGGCUUGAUACAGCGUUGCCCAAUACCUUAUUUCUCCAAGAUUCCAUCGAGUUUUGUAUUGGAGCCGAUCCAAUUGACCUAUGCGGAGGCACUUGGACAGACCUCAUCGCAUGCACUCGUCCCGAAGCCGGUUCCCAAGUCAGCCAGAAGAACCGCAAAGCAGCGGGCCAAAAGACAGAGGCGCAGAGCAAAAGAGAUUCAAGAGAAUACAGGAGACUAA